GAGGUUGGAAAAUAGGGGGCGGUGGCUUCGCCUCCUUUCAUUACCUUCCGAACGAGACGCACUGUCUCUUUGCUGGUGCUGAGACUGCGCUUAGAGGUGACCUCGAGGAAGGAGGCCUAUCGCGUUUUCCCAUCAUGUCGGAACCAAUCAAAGUCCUAGUGACCGGUGCUGCUGGACAAAUUGCAUAUUCUCUACUCUACAGCAUUGCAAAGGGUGAUGUUUUUGGCACUGAACAGCCUCUUAUUCUUGUGCUGUUGGAUAUCACUCCCAUGAUGACUGUUUUGGAUGGCGUACUUAUGGAAUUGCAAGACUGUGCUCUUCCUCUUUUAAGAGAGGUAAUUGCUACUGACAAAGAAGAUGUUGCAUUCAAAGAUCUUGAUGUAGCGGUUCUGGUUGGUUCAAUGCCAAGAAAAGAAGGCAUGGAACGGAAAGAUCUACUGAAGGCAAAUGUGAAAAUUUUUAAGUCCCAAGGAGCAGCAUUGGACAAGUAUGCAAAGAAGACAGUUAAGGUUAUUGUAGUAGGUAAUCCAGCAAACACUAAUUGCCUAAUUGCUUCAAAAUCAGCUCCAACCAUACCAAAAGAUAAUUUCAGUUGUUUAACUCGUCUGGAUCACAACAGAGCUAAAUCUCAGAUUGCUCUGAAAGUUGGUGUGACUGCUAAGGAUGUCAAGAAUUGCAUCAUCUGGGGAAAUCACUCUUCUACUCAAUAUCCAGAUGUUAACCAUGCCAAAGUGAAAAUACAAGGGAAAUAUACUGGAGUUUAUGAAGCUGUGAAAGAUGAUAACUGGCUGAAAGGUGACUUCAUUACCACUGUUCAGCAACGGGGGGCAGCUGUUAUUAAGGCCCGGAAACUGUCAAGUGCAAUGUCUGCAGCCAAGGCUAUCUGUGAUCAUGUGAGAGACAUCUGGUUCGGCACUCCAGAGGGUGAAUUUGUUUCUAUGGGUGUUAUUUCUGAUGGGAACUCCUAUGGUGUCCCUGAUGAUUUGAUCUAUUCAUUUCCUGUUGUAUUAUCAAAGGAUAAAGCAUGGAAAUUUGUUGAAGGCCUUCCUAUUAACGACUUCUCCCGUGAGAAGAUGGAUUUGACUGCUAAGGAGCUAGUGGAUGAAAAGGAAACUGCGGUGGAGUUUCUAUCUAGUGCAUGACUAAACGAUCAUCAGAAUGUGAGAGAUGGCUUAAAUACUGAGGAGUCUAAAAGUCGUCUCUAAAUGCAACAUCAAAUACUACUCCUGGAUCAGCUUUUCUUCGUGGCAAUUUCUUCAUUACAUUAUUAUUAUUAUUAUUUUUGGUCCCUCUUGCUAAGCAAUGAUAUAAUUUCAGAUACAGUUUGCACACUUGACCAAAUUCUCCCAAUACCUUAUUUCCUGUGUUGCAUCGUGCAUAUGCCUAUAUUUUGCACUUGUGAUAGCAAAUAGAAUUUGUUUACUGUAACAGCAGUCUUUCACCAUAGGUUAAUGGUAAAACCAUGUAUAGUGCGAGGAUGACUUUUAUGGUAUGGGUUUUAGUGUUAGGUUAAUAAAAGUACUCACUAAUAGUUUUAUGGAAGGAAGCAAGAAAAUGUAUUUCUACUCCAAAAAAAACAAAAUAGAAAUUGUUUCCUGAAUAUCAUGAAUGUGCUGUGUAUUGAUCACCAAAUCUCUCACAACAAAUCUUGCUAGAAUUACAUUAAAUGUUGAGUAUGCACUCCUCAUGUAUUGUGGCACUAUCCUGUUUAGUUUGCUGUGAUCAAAAUACAUGAAAUGCAGUCUUCAGAAAAUCAUGUUAUAAAAUAAAAUAGAAUUUGGAAGUGA